AUGCUCAAGUUCCUCGCCGACGCCAAGCAAGAGACGGAAGCCUACCUCAUGAAGACGCUCGAAAUCCAUACAAGGCAGCUAUUCACCCUCAACGUCGAGGAAUUCAAGCGCUACAGACGCGCCGAAGAGAAUGUCUUGCGCCGCCACCGACACUACAUCCGGUGGCAGACCGCGACCGGGGAGCUCGAGAGGAUGGGCAAGGACCCCUUUGAAACAGAAGUGGAUGUCUUUGCCUACGUACGGGGCUAUUAUAGGCUCGCCUCCGCUCGACUGACUGAUACUGUCGCCCUUAUUCUUCACUCCGACAUGAUUCCUACCAUUGAGAAGAGGUUGACAGCAGAUCUGCACCUCGAAAGGGAGCUCGGCGUUUUCCCGAGCGGCAAUGGCGAGAUUUACGACACUCUGAUGUCGGAGGAUGAGGCUACUGCGAGGAUGCGAGAGAAGGUGCGCGCCGACGUUAAGAAAUUCGAGCGAGCCCUCGAGUCCAUCUCUCAGUUGGAGGCGCGCAGUGGACUAUAUGGCCGAAAUGGAGAGCCAGACUCUGACCAUAAUAUCGCCUAA